AUGUUUCAUCGCGUUUUGAGAAGCUCUUCGUUUUUAAUGCCCCGUGUAUCAGCCACUGCACCGUUUCAGACGGCGUUUGUAUCAUCCACCUCAUCACUCGAGCGUCUUUUUAUCAACAAUAAGAAAUGGUGCGAAGGCAAGAAGCUGCUGGACCCCGACUACUUUGACAAAACGUCACAAGGCCAACACCCUCAAUACUUGUGGAUUGGCUGCUCGGAUUCCCGCGUCCCUGCUGAAGAGAUCACAGGCCUCGCACCAGGUGAGAUGUUUGUGCAUCGCAAUGUCGCGAAUCUCGUGGUGAGCAACGACAUUAGCUCGCUCUCUGUCGUGCAAUACGCCGUGGAACAUCUCAAGGUCAAGGACAUUAUUGUAUGCGGUCAUUACGGCUGCGGUGGUGUUCAUGCUGCUGUAGAGAACAAACAUCUGGGUCUACUGGACAACUGGCUACGCAACAUUCGUGACGUUGUUCGAAUCCACACCAAGGAAUUGCAGGAGAUUGACGACCAUGAGCAACGUAUGCGGAGAACAGUGGAGCUGAACACUAUUGAGCAAUGCAUCAAUGUGUUUAAGAUUGGCCUCGUGCAGCGCCACCAAGUGAAAUACGGCUUUCCACGCAUCCACGGUCUCGUGUACGACAUUAAGAACGGUGAACUCAAUGAGAUGGACAUUGACUUUGAGUCGUAUGUACAAAAGUACCAAUCCAUCUACAAGCUGCACGCUUUCACUGGAGAAGUCCCCAAGCAUCGAUCUCAGUUGCAGUGCAACAUGAUAAGAUCGCUGGCCGAGGGUCAUGAAGAAGAGGAUGGAUGUGUGAGCGCCAAGUUCAUCAAGCGCGCUAUGUCCAAAGAGCCGAUUCUUUUCAGUGAGACGGAGAUCGACAGCGCUGUCGCUAGAGCGCAGGAAGGCGAGACUGACGUCAAGACUGUCAACAUUGAGAAGCUAGCUCAGUACUUUGACCACUGA